AUGUCCCAGAUUGGGUCAUCGACACCCGGGAAGGCUGUAUCGUACCGGGUGGCCCUGAGCUACGUUUGGAGCUCUGCACUGCGCAAGGGCGGGGGCCAGCCAUCGCCGACCGACAGGCUGAUGCUCCAGCGGGACAACCUGUCCAGGUUCAGACAGCCGGGCUUCCUGUCACCCGGAACUGGGGUCGUGGAGGAGCUCCCGCUGGUUGUCCGGGACUCAAUGGAGCUCGUGCGGCUGUGUGGUGUGCGGUAUCUCUGGGUUGAUUGCCUGUGUAUCGCCCAGCAUGACGAGACCACGGCUGUCCAGGUCUCCUUUAUGCGUGAGAUCUACUCCGGGGCCUACUUCACCAUCAUAGCGGCGGCGGACUCGGAAGGGUUAUACGGAUCAGGCACCAAUCUUGAUAGCGUUACGAACGGAGUGGGCCAGGUAUCCCCCGGUCUUCUUCACGGGGCUCUUCUUGGAUCGCACUGGGCCACGCGUGGGUGGACCUUCCAGGAGCAGGUGCUCUCGAAACGGUCCCUUGUCUUCCUCGACGCAACGGCAUUCUGGGAUUGCCAAGGUGCUGUGUGGUGGUCCGAAUCCUUGGUUGGGUCCCAGACUUCAGCAGACAAUACUCACGAGCCUCCAAGACAAGCGCUCUGGGAACCCAUCUCGGAGAAUUCAGCCUUCUCCUCGGACGGCACGGAAUCGAGAAUCCACAAAGCAGACAGGCAGCUAUCACAGGACAUCGCUGCCCUCUCUAUUCCCAACUUCAGGCUCUACAUGGAGAUAAUAUGCCGGUACAACCACCGGAGUCUCACCUAUGACCAAGACGCACUGCCCGCCAUCUCCGGCGUGCUUGACGCCUUCGCCCAGGGCUUCCCGGGGGGCUUCGUCUGCGGGCUGCCGGCCGUCUUCCUCGACGCCAGCCUUCUCUGGCAGCCUCGGUACAAGGCCAAAAGGCGGGUGGCAGUUGGGUCCGUCGAGAACGUCGCGCCGCGCUCGGCACUGCCGUCCUGGUCCUGGGCCAGCUGGCAGUGUCUGAUUGACCCGAAGAGCCUGGAGAGCGGCCUUGAUUAUGAGAUCCACCAGGCGAGAAAUAACAACAAGUACUUCGUGCCGCACCUUUCGACUACCAGGGGCCUUGUGAACUGGUUCAUUUUGGCCGCCGACGGCAGUGAGGUGCGCAUACAUGGGCCCGAGGUUCUCGAGCGCUGCAAGGAGCUCAUGGGAGGCGGCUCGCGCGGCGUGGGAAACCCUCCGGGAUGGUCUCAUAAAGAAGUUACGGAGACCUAUUUGGCGGUAGGAAACGACGGAGGCUCGCCGGCCGUGAGAUUGAAGGAGGAACAACGACAGAGCGACUGGUACUUCUACGGAUCGGAUACAGCUACCCUCUAUCGUUAUCCAUUGCCCACGCAACUCCCACAACCACACCUCCAUAGCCAGACCAACUCACCCUUCCUCUCAUGCACGACAACCACGGCCACAUUCAAGGUUCGGCGGGUCCUCGUCCCUCAGGUCAGGGUGACGCCCACACCACGAUAUGGAGGCCUCUUUGACGUGUCUGUCCUAGACACGGUGCUGUACAGCAAACAGCCCGAACUAGAGCAGUGCUGCCCCGUCAUCACGCUCGAGGACGAUCGAAAACGCUGGGCCGGGACUCUACGGUCGAUGGACGACGACCUGGAUGUCGAAGCCGGCCAGAUAGUCCACCUCGUCGCCAUCUCACGGGGCAGUGCGAGCUACCACAAGGCGGCCUUGCUGUACGAGGAGAGGGUCGACCGCGUCGCUUGCUUCCAAUUUGGAAGCUACAACAGCGAUCAUUACCAUUUCGGGCUACCUGGGAGUGUCCCCAGGACAGUACCGGAGGAUUGUGGAGACCCUGAAUCGGGCAGCUCACAGAGGCAGGGGAAAUCACCUCGAUGGGCGCGGACAGUCCGUAGAAACGCGGCUGGGUCGGUGCAUGUCAUCCACGAUCAGUGGGGGGACGAUCCCGAGAGCGAUUCUGAAUGUUACAAGAACAUGGAGACUGAGGCUGCCACCGGGCUGGACCAGGGGCCCUUCUUCCGCAGGGGCUUUGGAUGCACCAAGAAUCUGGUUGAGCAGGACCUGCCUCUGGGAUGGAGGGACACGAGUUACGACUUCUAUAACGUUCUCUGGGUUUGGAGGAGUGGCGAUGUCAUGUACCGCAAGGCUGCUGGACGAGUACCUAAGGAUAUCUGGGAAGGGAACUGUGGACCUCUGCAAAAGAUCACGCUUGGUUAA